CUCACACGCACUCUUGUUAUCUCCACACACGCCCAGUUGCUUUGAGACGGCUGCAAGCCCGCCAGCCUCACCUCCGGCACUCGGUCCAAGUGGUAACGUGCGCCCUUGCACGCCUGCCGCUCUCCAGCGCUCCUAAGCAAGCCGGGGAGCCCCACAUUUGCGGUAGAAGGCUACGCGAGGCGCCAGGCGGUUGCAGGGCUGACACAGAUGCAGCAGGUCGCGAGCAGCAGAGCCAUGCAGGGGACGGCGGUUCCAUGCAGGAGCGUGCUGUGCAGCCGGCGGCGCAGCAGCAGCGUGCGCAGGCCACUGCAGCAGCGCCCGCGCGCCGUGGCGGAGGUGAGCGUGCGGUCCGAGGCGGGCGGCGCGGCGGUCAAGGCCAAGACCGCCUUUGACUUCCAGCAGUACAUGAAGGAGCGGGCGACGCUGAUCGACGCCGCGCUGGACAAGAGCGUGCCGCUGCAGUACCCUGAGAUCAUCAACGAAUCCAUGCGGUACUCCCUCCUAGCAGGCAGGCGCGGCAAGCCCACCAACCACAAGGUGUACGGCGAGGAGAUUGCGAUCCUGGCGGGCGACGCGCUGCUCAGCCUCAGCUUUGAGUACAUUGCGCGGGAGACGCGGGGCGUGGCGGCCGACCGCGUGCUGCAGGUCAUCGUGGAGGUGGGCAAGGCGGUGGGCUCCGAGGGCCUGGUGGCUGGGCAGGCGGUGGAUAUUAAGAGCGAGGGGGCUGGGGAGUCGGUGGGGCUGGACACGCUGCAGUACAUCCACGAGCACAAGACGGCGGUACUGCUGGAGGCGGCGGUGGUGUCGGGCGCCAUCCUGGGCGGCGCCACCGAGGUGGAUGUGGACCGCCUGCGCAAGUACAGCCGAUCCAUCGGCCUGGCCUUCCAGGUGGUGGACGACAUCCUGGACAUCACCGCCACCACCGAGGAGCUGGGCAAGACGGCGGGCAAGGACCUGGCCUCCGCCAAGACCACCUACCCCUCCCUGGUGGGGCUGGAGCGGUCGCGCGAGAUUGCGGACGAGCUGAUUGAGGAGGCCAAGAGCAUGCUGACCACGUAUGACCCCGCCAGGGCAGCCCCGCUGUAUGCGCUGGCAGAGUACAUCCGCUGCCGCAAGAACUAAACGAGCGCCAGGCCGCCAGGCACGACGCUGGCCGGCUUGUGCCGGCAGUCCAGCGCCCAGCGGGGCGGCCUCGCCCGGCC